CCAAUCUCACGAGAAAAUAUGAGAUUUUACUGAUUAUUGUUUACAUUGCAAAAACAUGAGAACCGAACCGAAUCGAUCCGGAUUCAGCUGAAACGCCUGCAACAGCACAACUUCCGAAAUAGAUUGGUUUCUUCCCUGAAGCGAGGAAGGCGACUGGAGACGAACUUUGUUUUGGUCGAGCUGACACCCAGGACCCUAAAUUCAUCACAUCACCGGGGGAGAUAAAGAUAGGGGGGGUAACUAACGCUAGCUUAAAGACAUCAUUUAUACCUGGUGAAAAACGCAGAAUCUCGAGGGUCGCCAUUGUGUGGAACGAGAUAACCCGACCGAUGCACGGUAUGGUCCUCGGAGAGAGGGAUGUGAUGGGGAUCCCCGCCUAAGUGGUAUAGAAAGGCGGGUUUGGGAUACCCGGAGUUGUCGAGGCCUCCGAGGGAAUCCUCCGUCGUCUACCCUGAGCUACGCAGCGCGCUCCCGUGUCUUGAUCGUUGCAAUAAGCACGCGAGGGACGCGGCUGUGGAUGCGGCCUAGCCUGGGAGGGUCUGCCGAGAACAGGGGGAAACAACGGAGACAGUUUCGGGGUUAACAGGCCCUUCAGAGGACCGUGAAAAUAUUAAAUUACACCAUGAUGGAAGAACUGCAUAGCUUGGACCCCCGACGGCAGGAGCUGCUGGAGGCUCGCUUCACAGGGGUCGGUGUGGCAAAGGGCUCAGGUCAGAAUCAAAAUGAGUCAUCCAAUCAGAGUCUAUGCAGUGUGGGCUCGCUCAGUGACAAAGAGCUAGAGACUCCUGAGAAAAAGGCAAAUGACCAGAGAGUGAGGAAACGCAAAGCAGACCACUUUGACAGCCAAGGCAAAGCAGGAGCAAGAGGACAUAAAAUUAGUGAUUAUUUUGAGUUUGCGGGAGGUAGCGGUCCUGGUACCAGCCCUGCCAGGGGAAUUCCACCAGUGGUCCGCUCUUCCCCACAGCACUCUCUGUCCAACCCCCCUGUCAUGGUGCAGCAAGGAAGCCCGUCAUCUGUCAGCUCCAACACAGAGCACUCCUCUUGUUCACUGAAGCCUCCUUCUCUUCACAUGCUCCACAAAGCCACACAGUCUGACCUUACUAUAGAGAAACUAACAGCAAUGGAGAACAACAAGAACUCUGACCUGGAGAAGAAGGAGGGCCGCAUAGACGAUUUGUUGCGGGCCAACUGUGAUCUGAGGAGGCAAAUUGAUGAACAACAGAGAAUGCUAGAGCGAUACAAGGAACGCUUAAAUAAGUGUGUGACCAUGUCCAAGAAGCUUCUGAUUGAAAAGUCUAAACAAGAGAAGAUGGCAUGCCGGGAUAAAAGUAUGCAGGAUAGGCUUCGACUGGGUCAUUUCACCACAGUGAGACACGGUGCAUCUUUCACUGAGCAGUGGACAGAUGGAUAUGCUUUCCAAAAUCUUAUCAAACAACAGGAAAGAAUCAACUCCCAGCGAGAGGAGAUUGAAAGGCAGAGGAAGCUGCUAGCCAAACGCAAGCCGCCCUCCAUGGCUCAGACCCCACCACCAAGCCUUGAGCAAAACAAACGCAAAAGCAAGGCCAAUGGAGCAGAAAGUGAAGCGUUAUCACAGGCAGAGUACCAUGAGCAGGAGGAAAUCUUUAAGCUAAGAUUAGGCCAUCUGAAGAAGGAAGAGGCUGAGAUCCAAGCAGAGCUAGAGAGAUUGGAGCGAGUGCGAAAUCUUCACAUACGCGAGCUGAAAAGGAUCCAUAAUGAAGAUAAUUCCCAAUUCAAAGAUCACCCUACGCUAAAUGACCGAUACCUGCUACUCCAUUUACUUGGACGGGGAGGUUUCAGUGAAGUUUACAAGGCCUUUGACCUAACAGAGCAAAGGUACGUUGCGGUCAAAAUUCACCAGUUAAACAAGAACUGGAGGGAUGAGAAGAAGGAAAAUUAUCACAAACAUGCUUGCAGAGAAUAUAGAAUCCAUAAAGAGCUCGACCACCCACGAAUAGUUAAACUCUAUGACUACUUUUCACUUGACACUGACUCGUUCUGCACAGUCCUGGAAUACUGUGAGGGUAAUGACUUGGACUUCUACCUGAAGCAGCACAAGUUAAUGUCAGAGAAAGAGGGCCGCUCCAUCAUCAUGCAGAUCGUUAAUGCCCUCAAGUACCUCAAUGAGAUCAGACCGCCCAUUAUCCACUACGACCUUAAACCCGGUAACAUUCUGUUAGUGAACGGCACUGCUUGCGGGGAGAUCAAGAUCACAGACUUUGGCCUGUCAAAGAUCAUGGAUGAUGACAGCUACAACUCGGUGGAUGGGAUGGAGCUUACUUCACAGGGAGCAGGAACGUACUGGUACCUUCCCCCAGAGUGCUUCGUUGUUGGAAAGGAACCACCCAAAAUCUCCAAUAAAGUUGAUGUGUGGUCUGUGGGAGUCAUUUUCUACCAGUGUUUGUAUGGCCGCAAGCCCUUUGGCCACAAUCAGUCCCAGCAGGACAUUUUACAGGAAAACACCAUCCUGAAGGCGACAGAAGUUCAGUUCCCCCCUAAACCUGUAGUCACACCUGAAGCUAAGGCCUUUAUAAGGCGCUGUCUAGUCUACCGUAAGGAGGACCGCAUCGAUGUGCAUCAGCUGGCCAGUGACCCCUUCCUUAUGCCCCACAUCCGCAAGUCAGUGGCCUCGUCGGGCACCUCAGGCAUGGCAAUGGCUUCCACAUCCAGCUCCUCCAACAGCAGUGCUUCAAACUGAGCCCACACCCCUUAACUGACUACCGAACUGAAUUCAUUUAAAAGGGUGGGGUGGGGCGGGAGCGACGCCAUACUGUGUCACCCCCUCCUAACAGCAUCCCACCUUGCCAUGAAAAGCCCAAGGGGAAACUGGUCAGAUGGCAGCAAGGGGUGGGUGAGAAGUCAUGGAUGGUUUGGGGAGACAACACGUCACCCUUCAUCCCUCUCAUAUCCAUCUACCCCAGCCCACCUGCCCUGCUUUCUCAAAAGGGUGACAUCGUUCUAGGGGUCAAAGCCCUGGAUGACUCACAUAGCAAGGGGCAAGUUUUUCCACCGUGUUGGUGAAAAAUGGGGUUCAGUGUUUCAGAUUUUUCUUUUCUGCUUUAAAAAAAAAAGAGAAAAUAAAAUGAAGUAUAGAACUGCUUCAGCUUGGCCAGAUGGAAAGGACUGUGGAAGGCCUCAUACCUAUACACACUCACAGAUACAUCCAUGCAUGAGCCAUUCUGGUCCAAGGUAGUCUGAACUCCGCUAGCUCAAAUAUUUUUGUUUUCAUUUCCCUGAACUUAACUGAGGGAACCAGUCGGGGGGCUGUUAUUGUAUUGAACCCUAAAUAUCUAUGGCACUAUGUCAUUCAACCUGCUGUUCUGGGAACCCUUGCCUCGAAUAAAUUCCAGACCUGAAUAGUUUGUGACGAGGAGGGACAGAGUUGACGGUCUCAUGUACCCCCUCCCUCGCAUAUCCUCGUCAAACUCCUGUGACCAAAGCGUACAACUUCCAGAUGGUGGCAGUGUUUCACCUCUGUUUUUAUAAUGAAUGGUUUUAGAGUUGUGCUACUUGAUAUGGGGUGGAAGCUGUUGAGAGGAGAUCCCUUUUAACAUUUUUUUAAACUUCUCAAUUUAAACCAGUUUUAUGGGGAAAACUGUUGUUUUUCAAGUUGCCUUUAAUUAGAACUGUUAAUGUUUUGUUUGCCCCCUUCCCCACUCCCCCACCAUAAACACAUAUUUAUUUAGGUAUGUUUGAAUUUAUUUUUGGCCAAUAAAAUGCAAGGGACUGGUUUACCUUAUAGUACUGUUGGGGGAGAUUGGGCCUUAGCAGAAAGUUGCAUAAAACAUUAAAUACUAUUGGUUAAAAUGUGUCUGUUGUUCUUGGUUUCUGUGUGAUGGGGUUACCAUCACAGCUUUCUUUCCAUCUUCAUUUUAAAUGCAGGUGUAUUCAUGA